AUGACGGACAAAAUAAAACAAUGGCCAAGUAAGACUCUCUCUUUAGCUGGGCGCUUGGAACUGAUUACAUCUGUCUUGCAGGGCGUGGAAGCUUACAGGCUUCAAGAAGGAGGCUUGGGAAUCAGAAACCUCAAGGCUUGGAACUCGGCGCUUCAUGCCAAGAUCCUUUGGAACAUUCACUCAAAGAAGGACUCUCUCUGGAUUCGGUGGAUUCACUCAGAAUUUAUUGGGAAUGGUUCUAUUUGGGAGUGGACGGCACACAAGAAGAGGGAUUCCAUGCUCAUCAAGAAACUUUUAUCCAUUCGGGAUGAGAUGUUGGGCAGGUGCACUAGAGACGAGAUCAUUGCACUAUGGAGCAAAUGGUUUGAGGGAAAAGGGGUCCAUGAGGCCUAUGACUGGUUUAGGCCGAGAGGAGGCCUUUCCACACGUGAUCGCCUCCACUACAUGGAGAAUUUGGACAGCACUUGUCAGAUUUGCCGCCGUGAGGAGGAAUCAGUGGAUCAUCUUUUCUUCAAGUGCCUAAAGUCUUGGGCAGUUUGGGGUAAGAUCAUGCUCUGGCUUGGCAUUGCGAGGAGAUCGACGACGAUUAGGAGUGUCAUCAAAUGGGCAGGACGGCAUAUUAGAGGAUCACAGAUUGUUCAGAUGGCAAAGAGGAUUGCUCUCAUGGCUUCAGUAGCGAUCAUUUGGAGGACUUAG